AUGGGGGCUCAAUCAACAGGCGGGCAUUCAUCGACGGAACACGUCCUUCCCGUUCGACCGGCACAGGGUGAAGAGGCGCACAUUCUCAAGAUGCCGGUUGAGAUCAUCCACAACAUUGCCGACGAGCUCCCCACGGCGCGGGACAAGUGCAGCUUGUGCAGGACAAGCCGAGACCUGAAUUUUAUCGUGCGAGACAAGCUGUAUCGGCAUGGGGGAAUUCGUGUCGCAAAUGACAUUCUCAAGUUUGCCGCGAAAAAGGGGUUCGUGAGCGUCGCGAACAGGGCCCUGGCAUAUGGCGCCGAGAUAGACGCUGCGACUGGACACGACUACGAGACAGCGCUUAUGAUCGCCUGUCGGAGCAAGAAGAUGAACAUGAUUGAGUACAUGGUAAAUCAUGGAGCGAACAUCAACAACAGCGGCAGCCGAGAUGGGGGCACGCCAUUGCUCCUUUCAGCCUGGAGCCAGGACAUUGAAGCUGUCAAGUACCUCAUUGCGAAAGGUGCUGAUGGCAAUGUCCGCAACCGCUACGGGGAAACAGCUCUACACCUCGCUGUUAAGAAAGACAACCUCCCGCUAGUAGAGCAUAUCUUGGAAACGACCGCCGUGGAUGUCAAUUCGACUUGUGUGGGGGGGUUUACGCCUCUGCUCAGCGCUCUGCGAGCUCGGAAUACGCCCAUCGCCAAGAUGCUGCUCGACCGUGGUGCAAACCCCACGUAUAGCAUCGCCCAUGGCGACUGGGUCUUUGGCCCGGCACUGCGUAGCGAUGAUGCGGAUACGAUGAAGGAGGUUCUGGACUUGGGUAUCAGUCCGCACAUCGCCGACGGAAAUAUGCGAACGCCGUUGUCCUUGGUAGCGGAGAAGGGCUGCGCUCGGAAGAUGAGGUUGUUGAUCGAGCACGGCGCCGACGUCGAUGCCGUGGAUCCCAAUGGCAAGUCGCCUCUUAUGCAUGCUGCGUUUUGCGAGGCGACACAUGCGAUGGAAGAGCUCCUCGCCCACGGUGCCAGGCUUGACAUCACAGAUACGGAUGGCCUUACAGCGUCGCAUCUUGCCGCCUGCGACGGGAAGCUUCGCAGCAUGAAUGUUCUUCUCAACCACAACGCAGACGUCGAUAUCGAAGACAAGCAUGGCCACACCCCGUUAUAUCGAGCAGCUGAGCUGCAGUACCGAAGCGAACCCAUCAACCUGCUCUUGAACCGGGGAGGGAGUCUCCAUGCCCUCACGCCAGGCGACGAUACGCCUCUCAUGGUUGCGAGCCGCACAGCCAACACCAUCUGCGUCGCGACUCUUCUCGAGGGCGGCGCAGAUCCAAACGCCCAGGACAGUAAUGGUGUUUCUGCGUUGGCUCAUGCCUUCCGCGCAGCAGAGCAGCUGCAGAAAGUAAGAGCCGGACCUCGUCUGCCUGUCAGCUUUCUUCCCAGCAUCACGCCCGGCAACCAAUUCACUCCUGCGCCUUCCACCCCCCUACGAGGCGGCGAGCAGUUCCGGUGGGCAGAAAGAUUGACCGUGGACGACAUGGCUGCCCUGUAUGGAAAAAAGCAGGACAAACGGCCGCAGACUGUUUUCACGCCGUGGGAGGAGACGGUGAAAUUGCUGGUGUCGGCUGGCGCGGACCCGUACCUGCCUGAUCAGGAGUGGGUGACGCCGAUGGCGAUUGCGUUCAGGAUGACGGGGAGAGUUUGGGUGGAUGAAUUGCUGGUUGGAAGACGAUCUGGGUCUCGUAAGAGAAGGAAUAGUACGCCAUAG